AUGACUGUGUUAUGUGUAGUUUUAUUGCUUGUUGUAACAAUUGCUGAGGAGCCAGCCUGUAAGCUACUAACACAAAUAGAACCACCUCUUUUUUCAAAACGUGGAGAUAUUGUUAUUGGUGGAAUUUUUUCAUUCCAAGACUAUGUAACUAAAACACCAACAUAUGAAAACUUAUCUGAAUCAAUUGUAUGUGAAGGUCUAAAUAUAAGAGAAUUCCAAUUUGCGGAGACAAUGAUUUUUGCAAUUGAAGAAAUUAAUAGUAAUACAGAACUACUUCCUGGAAUUUCUUUGGGCUAUAAAAUAUAUGAUGAUUGCAGCUCUAUAUUUUUGUCUACAAGAGCAGCAAUGGCUUUACUAAGUGGAAUGGGAGAUUUGAUCUCAAACGAGACAUGCACUAAAUCAUCCACGGUUCAUGCAAUCAUUGGGGAAUCUGAAUCAUCUUUGAGUAUUGGAGUUGUAACAGCAACAAGGCCAUUUCACAUACCAAUGAUAAGCCAUUUUGCUACCUGUUCAUGUCUAAGCAACAAGAAUGACUUUCCAACUUUCUUCAGAACAAUACCAAGUGAUUACUAUCAAAGCAGGGCAAUGGCACAGCUAAUAAAGCAUUUUGGAUGGACUUGGAUUGGUGCAAUAAGAAGCGACAAUGAUUAUGGCAACUUUGGAAUGGCUACAUUCAUAGAUGCAAUUGAACAGGAAGGCAUCUGCCUUGAAUAUUCUGAAGUAAUUUAUUUUACCUAUCCAAGAGAAAGAAUUCUUAGAACAGUAGACAUAAUAAAACACUCAUCUUCCAAAGUAGUAGUCGCAUUCACAACAUUUGUAGAUUUAGAACUGCUCAUAAAAGAACUGUUUCUACAAAAUAUAACAGGCAUUCAGUGGCUAUGCAGUGAGAGCUGGAUUUCUAAUGUAAAAGUGGCAACUAAAGAAAGUUACUAUGUUUUAGGAGGAGCAAUUGGAUUUACCAUGAGUAAUGCUGUUAUCCCAGGUUUAAAAGACUUUCUACUAAGUGUUCACCCAACUGAAAACCCAGAGAAUACUGGCUACAAUUUGCUUUGGGAAGGAGUUUUUAAUUGCACUUUAAAUACUCAAAAAAAAUCCAUGGAUAUUAAUCAUUGUACAGGCAAUGAAGAUUUAAGCAAAGUUGAUAAUGAGUACACUGAUGUAUCUGAGUUAAGAAUUACUAAUAAUAUUUAUAAAGCUGUGUAUGCUGUAGUCCAUUCACUCCAUAAUCUGUUAAUGUGUCAACAAGGAAAAGGGUCAUUUGUUAAUAAGACCUGUACAAUGAAAAUGAAAAUUGAACCUUUGCAGGUCCUUAAUUAUUUGAAAACAGUCAACUUUACUACUAAGAAUGGAGAAAAUAUUUACUUUGACCAAAAUGGAGAUCCUAUUGCAAGAUAUGAAUUAGUAAAUUUUCAGCUGAGUAAAGAUGGCAACACAACACAAUUUGUAAAAGUUGGUAUAUACGAUGCCUCAUUACUAGAAGGGCAGCAGUUUGUCAUGGAUAAUGUUAGCAUUGUGUGGGCAGGAUCUCACAUAAAGGUCCCAACCUCAGUGUGUAGUGAGAGCUGCCCACCAGGAACUCGCAAAGCUGUCCAGAAAGGCAGACCUGUCUGUUGCUUUGACUGCAUACCUUGUGCUGAUGGAGAAAUCAGCAAUAUAACAGAUUCUACUGUUUGUAUACUGUGCCCAGUGGAAUAUAAGCCUAGCAAAGGAAAAAAUGUCUGCAUCUUGAAAGAAGUGGAAUUUCUAUCAUUUGGGGAAAUUCUAGGAAUGUUUCUGGUGCUAUUUUCAUUAGCGGGAGCCACUAUGGCAAUGGCCAUUGCAGUUGUCUUCUAUUUUUACCGCCACACACCAAUAGUUAAAGCUAAUAACUCAGAAUUAAGUUUUCUGCUUUUGUUUUCCUUGGUAUUAUGUUUCCUAAGUUCUGUCAUUUUUAUAGGACAGCCCUCUGAAUGGUCUUGUAGGCUGCGUCACACUGCAUUUGGAAUUGCAUUUGUCUUGUGUGUCUCUUGUGUGUUGGCAAAAACCAUUGUGGUGUUAAUGGCAUUUAGAGCCACCUUACCUGGUAAUAAUAUUAUGAAAUGGUUUGGCCCAACACAACAAAGGCUAAGUGUCUUCAGUAUGACUUUUGUACAGAUUGUGAUCUGUACACUCUGGCUAGUAAAAUCACCACCUUUCCCAAAUAAAGAUUUUUUAACUUUCAAAGACAAAAUCAUUUUUGAAUGUAAUGUUGGAUCAGAGGCUACUUUCUACUCUGUUUUGGGAUAUAUUGGGUUUCUUUCUGUGUUGUGCUUUGUGCUUUCUUUUUUGGCCCGUAAGCUACCUGAUAAUUUUAAUGAAGCCAAAUUUAUUACUUUCAGCAUGCUAAUAUUCUGUGCUGUCUGGAUUACAUUUAUACCUGCCUAUAUCAGCUCACCUGGAAAAUAUGAAGUGGCAGUAGAAAUAUUUGCUAUUUUAGCUUCUAGCUUUGGUUUGUUAUUCUGCAUUUUUACACCUAAAUGUUUUAAUAUAUUAUUAAGACCAGAAAGAAAUUCUAAAAGAUAUUUGAUGGAUAAACGGACCUAA